GGUUCAAAGUUAGAUAUCAAAUUCAUUCUUCAAACCAAUCUUAUUUCUCAAACUCAAAUUCAAUUUCAACAUCAUUUUCAUUUUUCAGAGCUUGUUCAUACCAAGCAUUUCUAAUGGCAGAAUUAUUUGACAAAGCUAAGAACUUUGUAGCAGACAAAGUUGGAGCUAUCAAGAAACCAGAAGCUGAUUUAGAUGUUGAUGUCCAUAAAAUGGGUUUACAUGAAGUCACUUUAAUGGCAAACAUAUCAAUCACUAAUCCAUAUAGCCAUUCCAUUCCUAUCUGUGAAGUCAGAUACACCUUAUUCAGUGCUGGCAAGGAAAUCUUGUCCGGAACAAUGCCAGAUCCAGGUGAUAUUGAGGAGAAUGACGUGACAUUGCUCAAAGUACCGGUGAAAGUGCCGUAUAAUAUACUGAUGACUAUAGCAAAGGAUUUAGGAAGAGAUUGGGAUAUUGAUUAUGAAGUGAGAGUAGGUCUUAUUGUUGAUUUACCAAUCUUUGGUAAUAUUACGAUUCCACUAUCUAAGAAAGGAGAAAUCAAACUCCCAACUGCUUCUAGUAUUUUUGGUGGAGGAGAUGAUGAUUCAAAGGACAAGAAUGACGAUGAAUGAUCAGAGGAUAUAAAGAAAGACUGAUUUUCCUUAAUAAUUGUAUUGUUUUGGUUAUUAGUAAGGCCUGUGUUAGGUUGAAUAUUUCAGAUUUUCUGAGUACCAUGAAAUGAAUAAAAUUUGUUUAUCAUUUACUUUACCAA